AGAACGCCAAGAGUGAAGGCAAAACCCCAAACAGCUCUCUCUCUUCAUAUUAGUGCACUAUAUGGGCUACGGAAUGGCUUCUACACCCUAACUAGUGCACUUUAUGAACAACAAGAAGCAGUUUAGGAGUCAACCUCCAUUUCGCUCGAGGAAAACCUCGGAGGGCAUAACGUAACCUAACAUACUAUAAUAUAAUAUAAAUAUAACAUAGUGCUGAGUGAGCUCGUCUGGUGUGUAGCUCUUCAGGAUAGUUUACACAGCGUUGCUUGACGCUUCAGACACCGAAGUCAUUUCUCUCAACAGAAACAAUGUCUGACUUUGUGAUUUUAUCUUUGAUCUUGUUUUUGGUCGUGUGUCUCAUCCUGACCCUUGCUGGGUUCGUGUUUUACUCCGGACUGCUCUCUGAGAUCAUUGUCCGGACAGGAUCUCCCCCGGUCAAGAAGAUUACCAUUGCGUACAAGUUUAUAAAGGGAUCGUAUAGGGACCGAGGAGCCGCUUUCACCGAAAGCUGCAGCAUCGCCCCUAAGCUCUGCUCUAUCGCGCUGUAUUAUGACAACCCCAACGAGGCUGAAGCUGAUUGUUGUCGCUAUGCAGUGGGGAGUAUUCUGAGCCACGACGAAGAAAAAACUGAUGAAGAGUUGCAGCGUCUGUAUGAGAAGUUUGGAUUUCAGGUCAUCUCCUUCCCCGAGGUCUCCUAUGCUGUGCUUUCCUCUUUCCCUAACCACUGCAUGCUGUCCCCCAUCUGUGGGGCAUACAGAGUCUUCCCUGAGCUCCACAGCUACAUCGCGGAACGAGGCCUGUCUGCAUACCCGUUCAUUGAGAUCUGUAAAGGGGAUAUAAUCCACUACAUGUGCCCACUAGAGAACCAGGGCAGCUUCUUUGUGCCUGAACUCCUCGAGAAGCAAACAGAGGGAGAAGAGGAAACGGAGAAUGACAAAGACGCUGAUGACACACACACAGGUGAAGGCUGCACAUCGGAGAGCGGCGUAGCGGUGAUGGAGGCAGACACUGAGAUCAGUGAGAUGGCGGAGAGCUCCUUGCUUGUGAUGCAGCAGAGUCCACCACUGGAUGAGACAGAUUCUCAGACAGAGGAAGGAGACCAGGGGGCCAAGGGCUCCAGUGAGUCUGUAGGAAGUGGUUCAUCCUUUGAAGAACUGGACAUGGACAUAGAGGAAGUGGAGAAUGAAAGGGAAGAUGUUGAGGAGGAUCAUGUGGAGGACAAUGAGAAAAGAGGGGAUAAUGAAGGGGAGAGUAAUGAGGGAUAGAGUGUGUGUGCAUGUGUGAAGUAGUUCAUGAAUCUUCUUUCUCUUGUCUUUUCUGUUUGAGGGGCUUCUUAGUCACCUAGGCAAAGUCUUAACAUAUGUAAUCAGAGGUUUAAUAAUAAAUUGGUGAAUGUGACAUUUCGGCAGUUUUUAUAAACACAUGGCGGUCUUCUUGCAGGUCACAUAAACAUUACGUAUCAAACAGAAAAUAAAAAAUAAAAUAAAUCAAAAAAUGAAGGCAUUUCCUCAGCUCACUGAUUCUAGUCCAAUAUCUCAUAAAAUAUCUCAUAAAAGCUGCCAGUUAUUUGAAAAAAAGGAAAUCCUUUUCUCCCACAGUGAAUCACCUGUUUCAGCAUCUUUGAGGCAAUAACUUAAUGACACCAAACACAAAUAAUGUAUUUCCUUACAGUGUAAUCAAAGCUUGUGCUACUGAAAUAAUCUUAUUUCUGAUGUGGAAUGUAAAAUGAAAGGGAAUUCCUCUAAGGGAAUUCUAAAUAAUAAUUCCAAAUUAUGUAACCAAACAUGUAUUUUUAGAGCAAAUUAUAUGUAGACAAUGAUGUAAGAUUUGAUUACUCAGUGAUUAAUUAACUGCUUUUAUUUUCAGGUUAUGUAUGUCUUUCUAGUCAAGUGUUUUAUAACGGAGUUAAAGGGAGGUAAAUGUGGUGUGUCUGUGUGUGUGUGUGUAUGUGUGUGCGUGUGUGCGUGUGUGCGCAUACACUGUGACUGUUAACUUCACCAUAACUAGUUAUAGCUCCAUACGAAAAUAGCCCUAUCCUUUCUGCAUGUGCCAGAUGUGUUUGUUGUUAACAUCCUCCUAGAAAACUAUGGACAAACUGUGGAUUGAAAUAAAACAAUAAUCUAGUCUCUA